ACAUUCCACCUGCAUGACUCAAUGUUUAUAUUCAGUACAUCAUAAACUUACGACAACACAAAUAUGUGAGCUGUUAUGCUCAUGUAAGGAACAAAUGCUUUUAGUAUUCUUAAGAAAUAUAGCUCUGAAUAGACACGACACAGUUACAACACUCAGUAGACUUGGCGCAAACUGUUUGUAUUGAUACUUCUGAAAUUAUUGAAUCACAAGGUGGAUUUAGACACGACAUUGUGCUGUUUUCUAGUGUGGCACCUGUAAAAGUGGCAGAAGCGAAAGCAAGCAUGUCGUCAUCAUUUGACCUGAAGUCCCUUCUAACGGAAAGCAGCUGGACAGAAGCCUUACAGGAAGUGUUCCAAGAGCAGUAUUUUGAAGACCUCCAGAAACAGCUGGAGAAAGAUUACUCAGGAACAAAGCAGAUCUUUCCUCCAAAGGAAAAGAUUUUUAAUGCUUUUAACCUGACCCCAAUUGACAAGGUGAGAGUUGUGAUCCUUGGACAAGACCCAUACCACGGUGACGGGCAGGCGGAAGGGCUGGCGUUCUCGAUGCCAGAUGGACUGGCUGUUCCUCCGUCUCUAAAGAACAUCUACAAGGAAUUGACAACAGACAUCCCAGGGUUCAAGACGCCUGCUGGCGGAAGUCUAGAGAAAUGGGCUGUACAAGGAGUGUUCCUUCUCAAUGCUACGCUCACUGUGGAGGCACGCAAACCUGACUCACAUAAAGGCUAUGACUGGCAGAAGCUGACUGACCAGGUCAUCAAGAUCAUCAGUGAUCACUGCCCAUUUGUCGUUUUCAACCUCUGGGGAAACAUUGCUCAGGAAAAGGUCAAACAAAUUGAUGAUAAAAAGCACACAAUCAUUAAGAAUGCUCACCCCUCCCCACUAAGUUUUACCAGGUUCGCAGGCUGUAAGUGUUUCUCUGCCACUAAUGAUGCUCUGCAGAAGAAAGGGUUCUCUCCCAUAAACUGGUCACUGGAGUAACAGGAGCUGUAGCAGCUGGGUCAUGAAGUCACAUGAACUGUAGUAUUUCAGGGCUCCCACUUCAGUGCUCCCUCAGUGCUUGACUAAUUACAUAUUUUUGUCAUUUUUAUUUUUCUUGGUUUCCAUGGAAACGUUUUAGACUGUUCUUAAAAGGGAGUGGUGGGCUUUGCUUCCGGAGCACAACUCGAAAACCGUUUAAUAUCUUUCAACAAAACUUGGCAGAUAUAUCAAACAGAACCUAAAGUGGUGCC